UACCAUCAUCUGCCACUGACCUAAGCCUCGCCGUCUCAUCGUCUUCUUCCUCAAUGUCAGAUUUUCAGCUGCCUGCCAUUAUUCUCCGUCGAGUUCCUCAGUGAUCACCAUUACCUGGAUAACCAUGAGCCGACCUUUUUUACUCAAAACCUUCUCUCUCUACUCUCGCACUUCUCGAUCUCCACAUGUACUCUUCACCUUGAGAGCAUCCGCAAUCUCUACAUCCAGGUCUCCAUGCCUCCUUCCUUCGAACUUUUCUUCAAAGUUCGUAGGACGGUUCUUCUCCUCCGAGAAUGAUGCCUCCGGCGAAAAGACUGAACCUGUUGCAGAAACGGUUUCGACGAUGGAACCUACGAAGCAGGAGGAAAAGGAAGUCAGCGUACCUGAUGUCAGCAAUAAGGAGCUAAAAAUGCAUUUGGAUAAAUACUUCAAACUUAAUGAUGAAGAGGCGCUUCCUUCAAUCCUCGAAGCAAUAUUGAAACGGAAAUUAGCAGGGAAACACGAGGACACUGAUGACGAGUUAUUGGAUGAGCUCCAAAUGAAGCCAUUGGAUGAUGUCAAGGAAAAAGAAUUUGAAUCUGAUUUCGAGGAGUUAUAUGAUACUGAUGAAGAAAUUGAUGAUUUGUAUGAAGCAAGGAAUGACGUCAUAAAGAAGAUGGCUAAAGACGAGUUCUUCAACAUGAAUGACAAGAAGUAUGAUGAGAUGAUUAAGGAGGCAAUUGAGCAUGGUUUUCUGAAGGACACAAAGGAGUGUGAGACAAUUCUAGAGGACAUGCUUAGCUGGGAUAAGCUCCUUCCAGAUGACAUAAAGAAAAAGGUGGAGGCAAAAUGGAAUGAAAUAGGAGACAUGGUUGAAAAUGGGGAAGUUAAUGAUGAAGAAGGGUAUGCCCUUUUCAAGGAGUUUGAAGAUAAGUUAAUUUUGGAAUAUGCACAGAACAUGGAAUCAGAGGCGGUUCCAGAGUUUGACGAUAAUGCUGCUGCAUUGCUAGACAAGAAGAAAGACCUUGAUGACCCUCCAGGCGAGGGCCCUGUUCUUAGGUGGGAAACUAGGGUUGUCUUUGCACCUGGUGGCGAUGCAUGGCAUCCAAAGAACAGGAAAGUUAAAUUGAGAGUUACUGUGAAAGAGCUUGGCCUUUCUAAGUAUCAAUUUCAUCGGCUCAGAGAAUUGGCUGGCAAAAGAUACCAACCAGGGAAGGAUGAGCUAACAAUUACUAGUGAAAGGUUUGAACAUAGAGAAGAAAAUAGAAAGGAUUGCCUUAGGACGUUGUUUGGUCUAAUUGAAGAAGCUGGGAAAGCGAGAAAACUGGUAGAGGAUGCUCAAACAUCUUACAUGAAAGAUAAGCUCAAAGGAAAUCCAGAGUUCAUGGCAAGAUUACGCAAAGCAUCCCAACCCCCCGUCCCAGCAUCAAUACCUGAGUAAGUGGUCUGCAGUUGAUCAGUGUUUUUUUUUUCUUUUCUGGUUUAGUAGAAGGGAGAUUGCUAUGACUACUAAAUGGAUGGAUACAAUAAUGAAAAAGGCCGUAUUAACUUGUUUUGUUGGCUUAUUGUUAUAACUAAUUGUAUUAAAUGAUAUUUUUUGAAAUUGAAGCAGGCAUGAUCUUUUGUUUUCUUA